AUGCGAGCAGAGUCAUCAUCGUGUUCAGUAACGAACAGAGACUUGAAUUUGAAGAGUUCGAAUGUGAAGUUUCUAGCCGCGAACGACGCGAUGGUGUUGGAGGUCGAAGAUGAAGAAAGCUUCAGGAUGAUGAGGAUGAGAGAGAGGAGAGACCUAGUCAUUCAACAACGCUUGCAAAUGCUACACUGGAUUGUUGAGAUUGCUGGCAUUGCGUUCCUCACUUUAGCCACCAGGCUUGAAGAAAAUCAACCCUACAACUGUGUCUGGAAGAAGUCAUUUUACGUCGGUGGGACUAUAUAUGCCCGGUGUGAAGUGGUGGCUAUGGAGUGGCUAGUGCAGGAAGUCCUCAACUUCAAAUGCUUCCUUCCCACCGUGUACAACUUCCUUUGGUUCUACCUUAAAGAUGCAAAAGCUAACGAGAACGUGGAGAAGACAGCCAAAUGCCUUGGUACUCACCUGAUGGGACACCAGCAGCUUUGCUACUUGCCAUCAACGGUGGCAGCUGCACUUGUUAUUAUUGCUUCAAUUGCAACUGAGCAAGAUGCUUCCUCCCACUCGGCCAUAAAGAUUUACCAGAAUGCAUUAAGGGUGAUCUUAUUCUUUUCAACUGAUCAUAAACCAGUUACCAGUUACCAAAUGUAA